UCUAUUUGCUGCGCUAUGACACUGUAAUUCCGUCUAUUUCAGAUGACCAGAAGAUAUUGUAAUUAGAUAAUUUUUUUUUUAACCGAUGCCUGCUCUCUUCAUCCGGCUCACAUUGACAAAGUAAAAUGUCUUGGGCAGCUGAAUUACCUGAGGAACUGCUGUGUAGACCUACUGGACUGGUGGUUUUAACUGGGCUUGAUGUAGUUUAUAAUGCAAUACACAAAGCUGUUUGGGAUGCCUUUGUUAAUAACAGGCGUCAUGAUCGUGUCUCCUUGAAAUUUAAAGUCUUUGAAGGAGAUCAUGAAUAUCCAAAAUGUCGAUCAAAGCAACGAACAUCAUAUGAAUGGUAUAUUCCUAAAGGGAUCUUAAAGAGAUCCUGGAUGAACAAACAUUUGAGUCAUGUUCCUGCUGUGGUGGUCAUCUUUUUUGAUUUGGAUUGGGACGAACCGAUGUGGAAAGAAAAACAAAUGGAAUGUGCAACUCGCGUUGAAAUUGUGAGAAACAGUCUGCUAGGCCGAGGCACAAAAGUUGAUGUCGUUCUUAUUCAGAAAAAUGCACCUCUUCUUCCAGGAGAAGAUGUAAUAGCCACAGAACGAGCUGCAGCCUUGUGCACUGCCUGUGAACUGUCUAUGAAGUCACUGUUUGUCUUACACCACACCGACCAUUUAGUUGGUUAUGUCAUUAGGCUAGAAAAUGCAUUUUAUGAACAAUCACAAAAUUAUUAUCACAAUGAAGCCAGGAAAGUUAAAGCACAUAAAGAUUUUCUCAACAAAAUAACACAUCAGUUACUAUUUGUCCGACACCAGUUCAAAAUUGCAUUUUUUAAUGAACUUAAACAAGAUUCACACACUGCUUUGAAACAUUAUAAGCAAGCUUAUGGACAAAUUCAAGAACUACGAAUGCAUGAAACCAAUUUACUAGAAAUCAAAACCAUUGCAGGCUUUGUCAAUUACAAAAUUUGCAGGCUAUCAUUUCAACAUAAUGCUCCUUUAGAUGCCAUUGCCCAGUUCCGAAGACACAUUGACUUUUUCAAGAAUCGAAUUGGAGUUUCUGAUUUGUCUUUUGAGCACAAUGCUUGGAUGUCAAAACAAUUUCAAGUAUUUGGUGAUUUAUUUGAUGAAGCUAUAAAACUAGGUUUGACAGCAAUUCAGACACAACACCCAGGUUUCUAUUAUCAGCAUGCUGCCAAUCUGUCUAUUGCCCGUAAAUCGCUCUGCAGUCAACUUUGUAAACCUGUAACUAGUCAACUUAACUGGAAUCCACUUGAAAAUUUGGGCAAUUUAGAUUUUUAUGGUCAAAGACCCUGGAGACAAGGACAUCAAAGUAUUGAUCCUCCUGAUAUUGAGAAAGAAAAGGAAGGUAUUAUGGCUCUUCAAAAUAUGGAAAGAGAUGUGGACCAUUCGUGGAUUAUCAUUCCUCAGUUAAGUAGUGCCGUGGCUCAGUUCAAAAAAUACAAGUCUCCAAGAAUGAAAAGACAUUUAAUGGUGCAGAUGGGAGAAGAAUAUUUCCAUGCCAAAGACUACAAUAAAGCUUUGAUGAUGUUAAAUAAAGUGAUGUGGGACUACCGUGUUGAAAGAUGGCGACCUCCGCUUACACAUCUCUUACAAACAUCAUUGAAAUGUGCUUACCUAACUGCCAAAGUCCAUGACUAUAUUACUGUAUGUCUUGAGCUUACCGGAGAACAUAUCUGCUGCUCUGUUGAAGAGAAAACAAGAAUUUUAAUGAAUUUCAUCCGUGUUAUGUCUAAUGACUCUCCUGAACCAGAACCAGGAUUAGAACCAAGCUGCGUUGAAAAGGCUCGUAAUUUAUGGACUUGUAGUGAUGUCGCUACUGGAAUGUUCAGAGUGGAAAUGCAGAAUAUUGUACCUUUUGUUGAAUGCAAAGGAAGAUUUACAAGUGACAGCUUUUCUGCCGAUUCAGAAGUGAAACUUGAAAUAUAUUUAAGAGUUAGUUGUCCAUUUCCUGUAAGAUUCGCAAGACUAUCAGUUCUUCUGAGCAAUCAAGUAUACAAUCAAUACUGUGUUGUAAAUGAUGGCCAUGGAAUAACUGCUGCAUCUGAAUGUGAAGGAGAAAAUGGAGAUUUGUAUUUGGUUCCUAAUAAAACUAGAAUUUAUCGGUUUUCAUUUCUGCCUAUGAAAGAGGAUGUUGGAAAUCAAUUAGAAAUUACAACUAUAGUUCUUCAAAUUGGGACUGAAGGAAGGCUGGCUUUCCUUUAUUGGCUUGGAGCUGGCGGUGAUGCUGUUGCACCAUCCUCUACUGCACAGACUGUUUGGCAUAAGAAAGAAUCUGAUGGGGUAAUCGACUGGAAGUCAGUGACUGCUAUUCCAAUAACAAAGAUUAUUCCACGCCAUGCUAGAUUGGAUAUUAAGGUCAUCCACGACUCACCAAGUUUACUGAAUGAAUUCUAUUUAGUAAAAAUCAACAUAACCAAUAAGGAAAAUGCUUCCAUAUCUGACAUAAGUUUAACUGUGGAAGUACAAGAUGCUUCAGAGACAACUUCAGAACAAACCACACAUAUUUGUGUGCAACCUAAAUAUGAAGGUGAAACUGUAUCAAAAAUAGCAGGAAUUGAACUUGGAAAAUUGGAUGUAGAAGAAGAAAUCACUCAAAACCUUUAUGUGAAAUGCAUGGAAGUUAGUUUAAAAACAAUUAAUUUCAAAGUAAGUAAAUAUUCUGACACUUUUUUUGAACAUAUUGAAUCAGUGUAUUCUGGAGAGCACUUCCUCAUCAUUCAGGAGUUACAUUGCACAUCUACAUGGCCUGUAGAAAUUGAGACCAGUGAAUUACUAUUAAAACCAAUCAUAAAACAUGAAGAUGAGGAGUAUGAAUCACAGCUGAAAAAUGUGGUAAUUGCCCGAAACGAAUGCGCAACUGAAUGUAUUUGUUUACAAAUAUCUGUUAAAACACCUUCGACUGUUCCCUUAGGUUCAUAUAAGUUACAUUGGAGGCGGAAAACCGAAAAUGAUGAUGGUAUGUUGAGUCCAUAUGUAAGCACAGUCUUUCCACUACCAGCUUUGAACAUUGAAUGCAUUCCGAUAUCUGUUGGCCUCCAUUUACCAGCUUUUGGUAGUGUAAAAACUUUGCUCCCUCUGAUUUAUGAAAUCCAUAACAAAACUUCUUUAAUGCAAGAAUUAGAAGCCGUCAUGGAACCUAGUGACAGCUUUAUGUUCUCAGGAAAUAAACAGAUACAUUUUCGUAUCCCUCCUAUUGGUCAGUAUCAGUUGACCUAUAACUUGUUUCCUUUAAUUCCUGGUCAUGUGAGCCUUCCUAAACUUCAUUUAAACCUAAGUCAAGGAGGUGGUGGUACGGCUGCCGGAGACAGUAUGGAUGAAGUGCUACAGAAGUUAAUACCUUCUCAUAUAUUUAUUAAGCCCACUGGAAAAGCCCUGAAUGUCUCUGGUUGAGAAAAUUAUCAAGAAAUUUAGAAAAAUACCAAGAAACAACAACAAAUAAAUAAUUAAAAAAAUGAAAGAAAAUACAACAAAAAUAUAUCCAUCAUUUGUAACUUUAGAACUAUAAACUUUCACUGGAUUUUCAUUUAUUAAAUAGGUAAAAAGAAAAAAAAAGAUGAUUAAAAAUCUGAAGUUACAUUUUGUGUAUUUGGGAGCUGCUUACUGUACUGUAAAUACAUUAUAUAAUAGUUAUUGAAAAUUUUCUAUUAUUAUUAUUAUUAUCAUUAUUAAGGUGACAAGCUGGCAGAAUCGUUAGCAUGCUGGACGAAAUGCUUGGCAGUAUUUCACCUGUUGCUACAUUCUGAAUUCAAAUCCCACCGAGGUCAACUUUGCCUUUCAUCCUUUUGGGGUCGAUAAAUCAAGUACCAGUGAAAUACUGUCCCCUUCCCCCAACAUUUCAGGCCUUGUGCCUCCAGUAGAAAGGAUCGUUAUUAUUAUUAGUAUUAUUACCAUUAAGGCAGCAAGCUAGCAGAAUCGUUAGUAUGCUGGACAAAAUGCUUAGUGACAUUUCUUUCUCCUCGUGUUCUAUGUUCAAACUCCGCAGAGGUCAACUUUGCCUUUCAUCCUUUGAGGACCAAUAAAAUGAGUUGAGCACUGGGAUCUUUGUGAUUAACAACCCUCUCCCCCAAAUUUUCAGGCCUUUUCCCUAUAGUAGUAAAGAUUAUUAUUAUUAUUAUUAAGGUGGCGAGCUGGCAGAAUCAUUAGCACACCAGACAAAAUGCUUAGCAGCAUUUCAUCUGUCUUUAUGUCCUGAGUUCAAAUUCCACCAAGGUUGGCUUUGCCUUUCAUCCUUUUAGGGUCAAUAAAUUA